AUGCCUCAUGGCGCCAAGCGGAAACGCGAUCCCGAUGACUACGCCGAUCCCGUGAUGCCUUCCUCAGGCGGCGGGUUCGGAAUUGGUCAGACACUGUCACGCCUACAAGACUCGGCCUCGCCUACAUCUACCGUCGAUGAAGACGAGUCAACGACAAAAGCAGAACCGGCAAUCGGUGGCGUAUCCCAUAAAAAGCGACGAAGGGGCGAGAAUGGAGAAAAGACGAAAUAUCCCACCUUGACGUAUGUCGAGGGUCGGUUACAGUCCUCAAUUCGUAUUGCCGACUUGCAAAGUCUGUUGCUGUAUUGCUUUGCGGAUGGAAUUGCGCCGCAAUGGAUAUCGAUGAAACAUUCUGGGCAUGUGAGGAAGGUGGUCGUUCUGAUGGUUCCUGGACUGGAAAUUGGAAUGUUCAACGGGUCGGUACCUCUGGAUGACAAGGUGGAAGCUGCAAACGAAAAUGGAGACGAAACAGAUAAAAAAGAUGAAAAAGACUCGCAUGACGAGGAAUUUGAACGGUGGAAAAAGGGUCUCCCUCUACCCGACAGAUCGCAUCGAUUUAAUCCCCAAAGCCUCAGCCGGGAAAACUUGCCCGAACCUCUACAAGAGCUAGCCGACAUGUUCCCUCACAUCUGGCCGGUCAAAGCGCCCGGCGACACGAAAUACAACAAAGUACAUUCUCCGCUACAAGCUAUACUACUAUCACAACUACCCAAGACGCAAGAAGAGGCCAAGAUGAAGGGUCCGCGACCUCCAAGAAACGAAAAGCAUUUCAUAUCGAAACGCACACCGAUUACCGCGUUUAUCACCCCGAAGCUAGAACUACGCGAAAACGACUAUGUCCUACAUCCGGUAUAUUUCGACACCGAACCCGAACAAGCGGCAGAACACAGAAUACGAGAGCGUGCAGGCACAACAGCCGAACACGGCUGGGUCGAUACACAUGUCGAGUCACUGACCGAUGGUGAACCUCCCGAGUCUGAAGUGCAAAAAGGCAGCAUGACAGCUGGCCGACAAGUUCUCGCCCUAGAUUGCGAGAUGUGUAUUACCGAAGGUGGAAAGUCUGAACUUACACGAAUCAGUCUAGUGAAUUGGGAUGGCGAGGUUGUUUUGGAUAAACUUGUCAAGCCUGAUUUACCAAUCAUCAACUACCUGACACAAUUCUCAGGAAUUACGAAAGAAAUGCUCGAUCCCGUCACGACUACGCUCGCUGAUAUCCAGAAAGAACUCUUGGAAUUACUCACGCCACGCACAGUCCUAGUCGGACACUCCCUAAACUCCGACCUCACAGCCCUCAAGCUCACACACCCAUUCAUCAUCGACACAGCCAUCAUAUAUCCUCACCCUCGUGGGCCCCCUUUGAAAAGCUCCCUGAAAUGGCUUUGCCAAAAAUACCUAGGUAAAGAAAUUCAAAAAGGCCAAACAGGCCAUGACUCGAUAGAGGACGCCCGCGCCGUUUUGGAGUUGGUAAAACAAAAAUGUGAAAAGGGUGAACGAUGGGGGACAUCUGACGCCAACACGGAAAGCAUUUUCCGUCGAUUGGGUCGAGCCGCCAAGACGGGGAAACCGCAGGGAAGGACGGGUGCGAUUAUUGAUUGGGGCAGUCCUGAGCGAGGGUUUGGUGCGCAGGCUACUGUUGCGAUUGGAUGCGAUAACGAUGAUCAAGUCGUCGAGGGAAUAAGGCUUGCCGUGCGCGGCGGCGACGAGGCGAAGAUGACUAUCCCCGGCGACGGUGUUGAUUUUGCAUGGGCGCGUCUGAGAGAACUCGAAGUUGUCAGGGGUUGGUGCAAUCGGCGCCCUGAUCCUAACAACGCGAAUGUCUCAACUGCAAUUUUGCCUCCUGGCGAGGAAAUUGUUCCUGUCCCCUCGACAACAACACCCACAUCGACUGCAGCAUCCCUAGCAUCAACAGUCGCCGCAACAGUCCACAACAUAAAACGCAUCUACGACUCCCUGCCAUCAUGCACCCUCUUUAUUGUAUACUCAGGAACUGGCGACCCGCGCGAAGUAACCCGUCUCCACGCUAUGCACAAAACAUAUCGCGACGAGUACAAUAACGCCAAAAAGAAAUGGGACGAACUGAGCGUUCAGUGGACCGAUAGAGAGGAGCAGAUGCUCAAAAGGGCGUGUGAGAGGGCGAGGGAGGGGUGUGGGUUUAUGUGUGUUAAAUAG